AAUUUCCUGUUCUAGACAGGUGAAAUAGGUUACUACACGCAUGAAGUGAUUAUACAAAUUUUCUAUACAAAUCGCUUGUCAAACCUCGAGUGGAACAUUGCUCUAAGAUCUGGGCCGGACCUCUUAAAUACCAUUUUUAAGUGGGGGAUUCCAAUCGGGAAUUCCGAUUGUCUUGAAGUCUUUCGAUAUGCGAAUGGACUUUUAGGCCUCUAAGUAUAUUUCACAAAAAAAUGGGAGCAUGGGAAGUGCUAUAAGACUGUAUCUAUCUAUAAGACUAUAGAUAUCUGUCUCUGCUCAUCAGAGCAUUUAAAUUUUUUGUUCGUAUCUUCACCUUCUAGAAGCAUUGACAAGAAGUUCAUUCUAGGAGCCUUUUCCAUUACGAACAGUUGUUUUCCAGAUCUUAUACUGUCUUCAUAGGAAUAUACUUUCCUAGUGUUCACUCAGUGCUAUGUCAUGUCCAGCUCUCGGCAUUUAAAGAAAAUUUUGCUUAAUCAUUCAGGAAAAUGGCGAAAUGUUUUUGUUUUGCACGACAUAACAAUAUUCAAUUUUAUUAUUCGAUUACAAAACAAUAUAGAGGUGAUUGCUUUUCUUGUAGGUAGAUACUUUAAAUUUCUGAAUGUUUGUUCGUAUUUUGUAGGUGCCGUGAACAGUGGUUGCAGGUCACGUAGAUCAGGACGUCACGCGCGGGUCCCCUUCACAGCGACGCAGGCGGCCGCGCUGGAGGCCGCAUACUCUCGCGCUGCGUACCUCGCACCACCGGCACUGAGGGCUCUCGCUGCGGCCUUACAGCUACGCGACGACAGGAUUAAAAUCUGGUUCCAAAAUCGUCGUGCUCGUGAACGCAGAGAGAAGUGUGCGAACAUUAGGCCACCAGUCGCUGUCACACUACCACCUACGUCUACAUCUCGAACCGGCCUUAUAAACAAUUCGGUAUGGUUUCAACAACAUAACUUUGGAGUAUCCUCAACGAAAGCUUUAAUGAUGGCACAAAAUGAGGCAAAUGUAACUAGAAAUAUAAUUAUAGAAGCAAAUGGAAUGUUAACGUGUGGAACAGACUCGGAGUCUUUUGGCGAAAUUGAAAAAUCGGAAUCUCCAUUAGAUGUCGAAACUGUGGAACAUUGAGAUGAUAACUAUUCGUGUGCUGAUGUGAACCAGAAUAAUAUGAACAUUGAGUGACCUAUUAGUAUGUAUAACCACUUUUGUCUGUGAAUUAAUAUGGGCACGACAGGGUACGAUAGUAUUUAUAAACAAAAAAGAAACAUUACCUCAUAAUGUAUUUUAGUAGUAAAAAUUUAGACUAAAUGUAUAAUUUAAAGAUGUUUGUUCUUAGAAAUAAACGAUUAAAUCCUGUGAUAUAUAGAA